GUGUUCCCUCCUCCGCUCCUUCACGCUCCCGCCCCCUUAAAUCCAUUGUUCUAAAAAGUAAAAACAUCUCAUGUCAGAUUCUUACAUCUCAGCUUAAUAUUAGAUCUGCUAACCAACUGUCAGGUUCCCUUUCCUCUCUCUGUCCCUGUUUAGUAACUGUUCAAACUUUUUUUUAUUGGCUAUUGUAACUUCCUAACUGUCCAAGCAGCUUUUCAGGUUUUUCCACCUCCUAAUCAGAGUCCUCAUGGAGUGAUCAAUCAUUGCAUUGUAAAAAAAAAAAAAAAGUAUUUGAACGAAAGAAAACUAAUCACCCUGAAUUCUAGGGAGAAUCCAAAAAAUUCAAACGUUGUUGCUUCAAUCUUCUACCAUAUUUCCUCAAUUUGGGCUCCCAAGAACAAAGGGUGUUUGAAAAGCUUUGUUCUACCAUACUUAACUAUUUCUUGCUCUUUUUUUUUUUGCGCUUGAAAUCUGGGAUGGCUUCAGUUUUACUCCAUUUUUAAAUUGAAAUAAAAUAUGUCGUGUGCAUAUAUGUAUGCAUAGUUUAUACUACUAGGACAUAGGAUCUGCUUUGUUUGUUGAUCUUACAGGUUUCUCCAUGUGGGUAUGUUCAGUUUUUUUAUUCUUUUUUCUGAAAAUUAGAGUUGAAUACAAUCUUCUUUUGAAAAGAAAUUUUCUGGGUUUUCCUUGAAUACCAAAGCAAUCAAAGCAUUUCUUCAUUUCUUGAAAUAUUUAGAUUUUUCUGGGAAGUGAAUAUAAGGUUUGUAUUUUUUGGCUGAGACUUUUGAGAAAUGUUCAUUUCUUCUGAGAAAGAACAGAUCUCAUUGACCGUUGACAAUGGGGGAUGUUUGGUAAAAGCUCUUCUAAUGGAGUCAAAUUCGAAUUCAAUUAAUGGGGUGUCUGCAGCUCCUGGAUUGGAUGAAUCCUCGGGAGAGGUUUCUGGGACUUUUGCAGAUACUAAUGCGGUUGCAAAGCAGGAAAAGGAUCAACUUGAACUAAAUAUGAAGGAUUUAGAAGGAGAGAUUGAGCGUUUGAAGAUGAAAGAGAGAUCUCUAGUUGAAAAAAGAAGAACAGCACUUAAUAAGAUUCUAGACAUUAAAGGUUGCAUUCGAGUAUUUUGUCGUGUUAGGCCCUUUCUAUCUACAGAGAAGAGGACAUCUCUGCAACCGCUUUCAAUUGAACCAGAGAAAAUUGUAAUUAAAUGUGGUGGACAGAAGAAAGAAUUUGGAUUUGAUAAAGUCUUUCCUCAAGAAGCUAGCCAAGAAGAUGUAUUUGUUGAGGUUGAGCCAAUUCUCAGAUCUGCACUUGAUGGGCACAAUGUAUGUAUAUUAGCUUAUGGACAAACAGGCACUGGCAAGACAUAUACAAUGGAUGGAAAAAGUGAGUCACCUGGAAUUAUCCCUCGUGUUCUUAAAGCACUCUUCAAUAAGACAUCCUUAGAGAGCUGCACUUCCUUUGCAUUUUCCAUCAGCAUGGUGGAAGUUUAUUUAGGUAGUCUCAGGGAUUUGCUUGCUCCAAAACCAUCCUGCAGAUCUUAUGCUGUAUCAAAAUGCAAUCCCACUAUACAAAUAGAUUCAAAAGGAUCAGUUGAAAUUGAAGGUCUCACUGAGGUGCAAAUUUCAAAUUUCACAAAAGCAAGUUGGUGGUACAAUAAGGGGCGGCGUGUUAGGUCUACUUCAUGGACUAAUGUGAAUGAGGCAUCAAGCAGAUCGCACUGCUUAACAAGGAUCUCUAUACACCGCCUUGGGGAUACUUCAGGAGCCAAAGCUGAAGUAAGCAAAUUGUGGAUGGUUGAUCUUGGGGGCAGUGAGCGCUUACUGAAAACAGGAGCUACUGGACAAACACUUGAUGAGGGGAGGGCUAUCAAUCUUUCUCUUUCAGCCUUAGGAGAUGUCAUUGCCGCCCUUAGAAGAAAGAAAGGCCAUGUACCAUACAGAAACAGCAAAUUGACUCAAAUCCUGAGAGAUUCGCUAGGUGAUCGAUCAAAAGUCAUGAUGUUUGUGCAUGCGAGCCCACAUGAGGAGGAUGUUGGAGAGACAUCUUGUUCGUUUUCUUUUGCUAAGAGAGCAAGAGCAGUGGAGUGCAUUAGAGAACUUUCAAAUGAGCUGAAAAGGCAAAGAGAAAAAAAGAUUUCUGAACUUGAGGAUGAGAUGAAAGAAGCUGAGGAGGAGUGUCAAAAAAUUCGAAAACUGAUUCUAAAGGUUGAGUAUCUGCUGCCUGAGAAUAAAAGUAUUUCUUUGGUGACUUGUCAAAAUCUUGAAGAAGAAGAAAAGAAUCCCACCAGCCCAAAAGAAUAUUUAGGUGAAGUGUUGGGGACCCCUAGAGUGUCUGCCAAAAUUAUUCGGAAGACUGUUGGAAAUUCAUUGCCUCGAUUCAUGAAUUCUACAGUUGCUAGUCGGCAAAGAAAGAGCACUGCAGAAAGAGAGAUGAUUAGCAAAACAAGAAGUGUUAGAUCAGAGACUCGAAGUUCAAUCCAAAUUUCAGGGUCACAGUCCAUCAGCUGUUCUGAUCCCCGAUUUAAAGGGCUUUUGCGGAAGGCAAACAAAAAGCCAAGAUAUGGAGAACCGAUUAGUUUGCUGAUGGAGGAUGCUAAAUGUGAGGGCCUAGAUUCAAAUUCGCCUGCCAUGACUCCAUGCACCACAAUUGCUUCUUCUGAUCCCUACUUGAAAGUUGGACUUAAUCAUCAUAGAAGAAGGAUGUCUGAUGUUAUAUAAUAGAAGAAGGAAAGUGUUAACUACUUUAGGUCCAAAAUAUGUGAUUUUUUCACUUUCAAGAUGGCUCUUACCGUUCUCCUAUUUUUCAAAGGAGCAGUGUGUUUCUUACACUUACAGGUUUUGGAUAAAGAUUUGGAAUUGUUUUCAGCUCGAGGGGAUCAUCGAAUUAUUUGUUCCCAUGAUCCUCACUCUGACAUGUUUUAUUUGGGAUUGAGGUCUUUGAAAUGUUCACUUUGUGCCAUACAUUUAAGCUGCAUAUAAUGUAAAAUCUUGGUUUGAACUUUUUGA